AGAACGCGAGCAAUACUACGUUUGAAAUGUCCGGAAGAGGCAAAGGAGUUGGUGGAAAGGCUAAAGCGAAGCCGAAGACUCGCUCUUCUCGUGCCGGGCUUCAGUUCCCGGUCGGUCGUGUCCACAGGCUGCUGAGGAAGGGGAACUAUGCGGAGCGUGUUGGUGCCGGCGCUCCCGUCUACUUGGCGGCUGUGCUGGAGUAUCUGACCGCUGAGAUUCUGGAGUUGGCUGGAAACGCUGCCCGCGACAACAAGAAGACUCGUAUCAUCCCGCGUCACCUACAGCUGGCUGUCCGCAACGACGAGGAGCUCAAUAAGCUGCUGGGCGGAGUGACGAUCGCUCAGGGCGGCGUGCUGCCCAACAUCCAGGCCGUCUUACUGCCCAAGAAGACCGAAAAGAGCAAGCCCAAGUAAAACAACGCUCUGACAACAAAACGGCUCUUUUCAGAGCCAAC